ACCAAAAGAAAACUCCAAAGUGGUUCAAGAACGGUUGAUUGAUCAUACCACCAUGAUGGAUAUGCAUCAUCUCUGAUCCAAUGGGGAAACGUUUCUGACCUUUAAUGGAUCCCCAAGCUUUUAUUCGCCUUUCCGUUGGCUCUCUUGCUUUGAGAAUUCCCAAGAUCCUUUUGAACUCUACUUCAAAAUCUGAUGAGAAGAAGAACUUUUCUUCUCAAUGCUCUUGUGAAAUAAAACUCCGAGGCUUUCCUGUUCAAACAACAUCUAUCCCCUUGAUGCCGUCCCUAGAUGCAGCUCCUGACCAUCACAGCAUUUCCACAAGUUUUUAUCUUGAAGAAUCUGAUUUAAGAGCUCUCCUGACCCCUGGAUGCUUCUAUAGUCCUCAUGCUCACUUGGAAAUCUCAGUUUUUUCGGGUAAAAAGAGUUUGAAUUGCGGGGUUGGUGCUAAAAGACAGCAGAUUGGGAUAUUUAAGUUGGAGGUAGGUCCUGAAUGGGGAGCAGGAAAACCAAUGAUUCUAUUCAAUGGCUGGAUCAGUAUUGGAAAGAACAAGCGGGAUGGUGCUGCAGAGCUUCAUUUGAAAGUGAAGCUUGAUCCUGAUCCUCGAUAUGUUUUCCAGUUUGAGGAUGUUACUACCUUGAGCCCUCAGAUAGUUCAGCUCCGUGGCUCGGUCAAGCAACCUAUCUUCAGUUGCAAAUUUAGCCGAGACAGGGUGUCUCAAGUGGAUCCGUUGAACGGGUACUGGUCAAGUUCAGGCGAUGGAACUGAGCUUGAGAGUGAGAGACGAGAGAGAAAAGGCUGGAAGGUGAAGAUACAUGAUCUCUCUGGCUCUGCAGUUGCUGCUGCUUUCAUAACAACUCCCUUUGUCCCAUCCACUGGCUGUGAUUGGGUCGCCAAGUCCAAUCCGGGUGCUUGGCUUGUGGUCCGGCCUGACCCAUCUCGGCCCAACAGCUGGCAGCCUUGGGGAAAGCUCGAAGCUUGGCGGGAACGUGGGAUCAGAGACUCCGUGUGUUGUAGAUUCCACCUUCUAUCAAACGGGCUAGAAGUUGGAGAUGUUUUAAUGUCUGAAAUUCUCAUCAGCGCUGAGAAAGGUGGGGAAUUUUUAAUCGACACGGAUAAACAGAUGCUAACGGUUGCAGCUACCCCAAUUCCAAGCCCGCAGAGUAGCGGAGACUUCUCAGGGUUGGGACAAUGUGUCUCUGGAGGCGGGUUUGUAAUGAGCUCGAGAGUGCAAGGGGAAGGGAAAAGCAGCAAGCCUGUGGUACAAUUAGCUAUGCGGCAUGUAACUUGUGUGGAAGAUGCAGCCAUUUUCAUGGCACUUGCUGCAGCUGUUGAUCUUAGCAUUCUGGCUUGUAAACCUUUCAGGAGAACGAGUCGGAGAAGGUUCCGGCAUUACUCCUGGUGAAGAAAGAAACUCUCUUUUGUGUU